GUCUAAUUUAUGUCCAAAGAUAAGAUUAGAUGUUGCGUUAGGUAUCUUGUGAUGGGGAUUGCUAAUAUUUAAAUUUAAAAUUAAUUAUCAAAUUAAUUUAAGUUCCUAGAGCAUAUCAUUUAUAUUAUUUUUUGUUCUCUUUCAGUCAACAAUUCUGCUGCUACAAUAUCUGCUAAUAUUAAUAGCAUCCCAGUGCUUAACGGCACGAAUUUUAAGGAAUGGAAAGAGAACGUUAUGAUUGUUCUCGGUUGCAUGGAUCUAGACCUUGCACUUCGGACUGAGAAACCCGCCGCUCUUAAGGACACAUCUACCCUUGAUGAAAAGAGGGAGAUGGAGAGGUGGGAACGCUCAAAUCGCAUGAGUCUAAUGAUCAUGAAACGUGCAAUUCCAGAAUCAUUCAGGGGCACAAUGUCUGAUGAGGCUGAUGUCAAAUCGUUCCUUGCCGAACUUGAAAAGCGUUUUGCUAAAAACGAAAAGGCGGAAACUAGUACUCUUUUAAGCACUCUUGUUUCCAUGAAGUAUAAAGGCAAAGGGAACAUAAGAGAGUACAUUUUCGAAAUGUCUCACAUUGCUUCAAAACUAAGUGCACUAAAGCUUAUUUUACCUGAGGAAUUGCUUGUGUAUUUAGUUUUGAUCUCUCUUCCUUCUCAAUUUAAAGUCUCUCAAUGGGCUCAUUUCUCAUUGUGUUCAAGAGGAAGAGAGAAUAAAGCAAGAUAAGACAGAAAGUGCUCAUUUGGCAUCUACCUCUAAGGGUAGCAAGAAAAGGAAAAUUAAGGAAGCUGCAAAUUCAGGGCCUCCCAGGAAGCAUCAUAAGGAAACUAAGGAAUCUGGAUGCUUCUUUUGCAAAGGGACUAAUCACAAGAAAAAGAACUGCACUAAGUACCACGCUUGGCGUGCGAAAAAGGGGUUGCCUGAGCUGCCGAAAACCAAUUGAUGGUGAAAGAUACAUCUAUGUCGGUGAUGGCAAGCGGGUUGAAGUUGAGGCUAUCGGUGUUUUUAGAUUAUUAUUAAAGACUAGUUUUUAUUUGGAUUUGAAAGAGACAUUUGUUGUGCCGUCAUUUAGGCGGAAUUUAAUUUCUAUUUCUGCAUUGGACAAAUUUGGUUAUUCUUGUUCAUUUGGAAAUAGUCAGUUCAGUCUAUUUCAAGAUUCAAAACUUAUUGGUACUAGUCUUUUAUCAGUUUAUGAUAAUCUAUAUUCUCUUGAUAUAAAUACCUCAUAUAAUGAAACCUUGCAUGUAAGUACUCAUGGUACUAAAAGAAAAUUAACCAAUGAGAAUUCGUUUUCACUUUGGCACAAGCGUCUAGGACAUAUUUCUAAAGAAAGAAUUCAGAGACUCGUGUCAGAUGGAAUUCUUGAUUCUCUUGACUCCUCAAAUUCUGAUAUUUGUGUUGAGUGCGUUAAGGGAAAACAAACGAACAAACGGAGAUUAGGUGCCGAGAGAGCUUCAGAUCUAUUAGA